AUGCAGAUUGCCGCAGAGACCCCAAUGCAACCUACAAUGGGUCGUUCGACAAUACUAUCACCACUCUCAUUACUUUCCCUCGUCGUGCUUGUUUCCCUCCCUUCACAAACCUCAGCUUCUUCUUCUUCUUCUUCUUCUUCUACUUCGUCUGACAACACUUUGAUCCAUUGCCUCGUGAACAAUUCUGAUCCGUCUCACCCCAUAACCUCCGCCAUUUUCACCCCCAACAAUGCCUCUUUAUUCUCUUCCACACUACAAGCCUACAUCAGAAACCUCCGUUUCAACAACUCUUACACCCCAAAACCAUACCUUAUACUCACUGCCUUGCAUGUCUCCCACGUCCAGGCCGCUGUUAUUUGUGCCCAAAACCAAAACCUGCUCAUGAAAAUCCGAAGUGGAGGUCACGAUUACGGGGGUGUUUCAUACAGAGCUGAACUCCCCUUCUUCAUCCUCGACAUGAGCAAUCUCCGAUCCAUCCAGGUUGAUAUAGAUGCUGAGACAGCUUCUGUUCAAGCUGGAGCCACACUCGGUGAAGUUUACUAUAACAUAGCUCAGAAGAGUAAAACCCAUGGCUUCCCAGCUGGGGUUUGUCCCACGGUUGGUGUUGGAGGACAUAUAAGUGGUGGUGGGUAUGGGAAUCUGAUGAGAAAAUAUGGUCUGUCUGUGGAUAAUGUCAUUGAUGCACAAAUAGUUGACGUUCAUGGAAGAUUGCUUGACAGAGAAUCUAUGGGUGAGGAUCUAUUUUGGGCCAUUAGAGGUGGUGGUGGAGCUAGCUUCGGAGUUGUGGUAUCGUACAAAUUGAAGCUAGUUCGAGUCCCUGAGGUGGUCACGAUUUUCCAAGUGGCUAAGACCUUGGAGCAGAACGCCACAGAUAUAUUGUACAAGUGGGAGCAUGUCGCUCCGAGCAUUGAUAAUGACCUCUUCAUUAGGGCUAAUAUUGACGUGGUGAAUGGUACUAAAAACGGGACAAAGACUAUAAGGGUUAGAUUCAUGUCCAUGUUCCUUGGCGACUCCAAAAUGCUCCUCUCUAUCAUGAACGAGAGCUUUCCUGAAUUGGGUUUGAAGCAAUUGGACUGCAUAGAAACGAGCUGGAUUAAAGCAGUGAUGUUCUGGACAAACAUUAAUAUUACAGAGCCGGUUGAGAUUUUACUAGACAGGACGACUCAGUUGCUGAAUCACUUCAAAAUGAAGUCUGACUAUGUGCAGCAACCUAUUUCCAAAGAAGGGCUGGAAGGGAUAUGGAAGAAGAUGAUAGAAUUGAAGGACCCAUAUGUACAAUUCAAUCCUUAUGGCGGACGAAUGGCUGAGAUUCCAGCCACUGCAACUCCUUUCCCUCAUCGUGCUGGGAAUCUAUGGAAGGUGCAAUAUCAAGCGAAUUGGAAUGAGGCGGGGAAAGAGGUGGCAGACCACUACAUAGAGUUGAUGAGAAAACUUCACGAGUACAUGACUCCCUUCGUGUCCAAGAACCCUAGAGAAGCAUUCUUCAACUAUAAGGAUCUUGACUUAGGUAUCAACAACAACAGAAAUAACAGCUACCAAGAAGGUAGAGUUUAUGGGGUGCAGUAUUUCAAGGACAACUUCGAUAAGUUGGUUCGAAUUAAGACCCAAGUUGAUCCUUCCAACUUCUUUAGGAACGAACAAAGCAUCCCUACUCUGCCCCAAGUCGCAAGGGAUAGACCAAACAAUUAUUAA